UUUUUCCCAAUAAUUGUUGAUCUCUCUGUUUGUGUGAUGCUGUUGACUUGUGUUCCCCUAAAUGAAGCUUGGGAACUUCUGAUUGCAAUUAUACUCUAUAAUUUUAGAAUUCAUUUUGAAGAACUGAUUUGGGGAAAUUUUGAUUUUCUUAUUGAAUUGAGGGUAGUAUUGAUUGUAUGUUUGUCCUUUGCAUUAAUUGAACUGAUUGUUUGUAACAAGCGUGUUGAGAUAUUAUAGUUAUAAACAUAAAUCCGCAUCUUCUUGUGAUGAACAAAAUAUCAAUGAAAGGAAUGUUUGACAAGGGAUGAAAACUAUUUUUGCCUAUUAACAUAUUUUGCGGAAUCAUAAUUUGCUGUCCAUUUAUUAUUUAUAUAUUGUGUAAGAGCCACUGUUUAUAAACACUCAGGAGAACUCUGAAUCUCUGUAGGUAUAAGAUGUAUAAAUAAGAAUUGAGAGAGACACAAACAACGCUGUUUUGGACCGGAAACCCUGAUUUGGGAAUUUUAUUCACCUCCCUCACACUUUUUCUGCCAUCUGCUUCUCAACAUUUUGAUUUCGUUUGGAAAUUUUCCAGUUGUUAUGUUAACUUCCGCUUUUUGUCAUCUACAUGAAUUUUGAUAUGAAUUGGCAUAUUGAAUUCCUACUCCCUUCCUGCCUAAGUUUCGACGAUUCAAAAUAUAAUUUGUUUUAAUAGUUUUACAAAUGGAUUGGAUUAGAUUUGAUUUGAUUUAAUUGUAUCUUGUCGUACUAAUGGUUAAGUUUUUUGCCAGCUAUAUACAAUUUUUGACAUGAGUUUAUAUUUGAUUCGCAGCAUCAAGAACUUGGCAGUUGAUUUCAUUUUAUAUUUUGUCGCAGCAGUAAAAGUUGUAAAUAUUCGCAGUGGAUUUCAAAAUCUGACCGAUGAGUCCAUUAAUAUUGGUGAAGCGUAUUCAAAACAUCAACAAGAAAGAAGCAACACUUGGCAUAUCUGAAGAGGCAUCUUGGCAUGCAAAGUAUAGAGACUCCACCUAUGUUUAUGUUGGUGGGAUCCCCUUUGACCUCACAGAAGGCGAUCUCCUUGCAGUCUUUGCUCAUACGGGGAGGUCGUUGAUAUGAAUUUAGUUAGAGACAAAGGCACAGGAAAAUCCAAAGGGUUUUGUUUUCUUGCUUAUGAGGAUCAAAGAAGUACAAAUUUAGCCGCAGAUAGUCUAAAUGGAGCUCAAAUUCUGGGUCGAACAAUUAGAGUUGAUCACAUGAGUAAUUACAAGAAGAAAGAGGAUGAGGAUGAGGAUGAGGAAGCCGAGCGGCUAAAGAGAGAGGAACAAGUUAUUUGGCGAGCUUUUCAAAGGGGAGAAUGUAAUCGUGGAGAUGGCUGCAAGUUCUCUCUCGACAAGCAAAGAGUAGCAAAUACAGGUUGGGGAGCUGAAGAAGAUAGACAAUCAAGAUGGGCUCUAGACAAAUUCGAGGGUUCAGCAAGGUGUGGAAGACGAUCUGAUCAGUCUAGCCAUGUUCCAGAAUCUGCCACUUUGAGAGGGCACAGAUAUACCAACAAAGAUUCACACAAUUCCCCACUAAAAUUCAGUGACAUAGGCUUGAAAAGAUCGUGUGAAAGGAUUGAAUCAAAUGCUUUGGACAGAAUAGGGGUAAAAUGUCGAGGAGGAAUGAUUAUGAACCAAAGUCGAGAAGAGACCAUGGUAAGAGAUGAAAUGAGAUCAAGACAAUAUGAGUCUGAGUCUUAUCAUAGGGAAGAUAGAUAUGGCAGGAGAGGAGACGGCAGGUCAGCUCGUGAUAAUUCGCACCACCGUCAGAGGACAGAUGAAGAAGGGUAGCAUCAAUCGCUUCUGUGAUGCAAUAAUAUAUAAAAGUAGUAGUAGGCCAACCGUGGGAGUAGAUUCGGGCAACGAAGCUUACGCUCAUUCAUAUUGGUUCAUCUUGGGCCUUUUGCUCUGUAUUUCUGGGCGGGGCGGGAGGUGAAGGCCAUAAGAGAAGAUUGCGCCAUAAGAGAAGAUUGCCCUCCUGGUAAGGAAGAGGAGAAAAAGGGUGUAUGGAAAGCUAUGUGCCUAUAUUUGAAUUUGUUUAAAUAUUUUUUAGAAAUAUUUUAUAAGACUAAAAGAUUAGAGGAAGUUAGCACAAUGUGACUUUCUCAAAAUGUUUUUUUCGCCCUUUUUACAGAAAAACUGAAGCAUUAACCUUAGGA